CCGCCGCCUCCGCUGCCGCCGCCGCUGCCGCGCGCAUUGUGCAGCAGGCGGGCGCCGGCGCGCGGCAGAGUCCUCGACUGGCGCGGCUCCUGGGGAUGGUGAGCAAGGCGCUGCUGCGCCUGGUGUCUGCCGUCAACCGCAGGAGGAUGAAGCUGCUGCUGGGCAUCGCCCUGGUCGCCUACGUUGCCUCUGUUUGGGGCAACUUCGCUAGCAUGAGCUUUCUUCUCAACAGGUCUCUCCAGGAAAAUGGUGAACUAAAAAUUGAAAGCAGGAUUGAAGAGAUUGUGGAACCACUAAGAGAGAAAAUCAGGGAUUUGGAAAAAAGCUUCACCCAGAAAUACCCACCAGUCAAGUUUUUAUCAGAAAAGGACCGUAAAAGAAUUUUGAUAACUGGAGGAGCAGGGUUUGUGGGUUCCCAUCUAACUGACAAAUUAAUGAUGGAUGGCCACGAGGUGACGGUGGUAGACAACUUCUUCACGGGCAGGAAGAGAAAUGUAGAACACUGGAUUGGCCAUGAAAACUUUGAGCUAAUUAACCAUGAUGUUGUAGAGCCCCUCUACAUUGAAGUUGACCAGAUAUAUCAUCUUGCAUCUCCAGCCUCCCCUCCAAACUACAUGUAUAAUCCUAUCAAGACGUUAAAGACCAAUACGAUUGGGACGUUAAAUAUGUUGGGGCUGGCAAAACGAGUGGGAGCACGUCUCCUUCUGGCCUCUACCUCUGAGGUUUAUGGAGAUCCUGAAGUUCACCCUCAAAGUGAGGAUUACUGGGGCCACGUGAAUCCGAUAGGACCCCGGGCCUGUUAUGACGAAGGCAAGCGUGUUGCCGAGACCAUGUGCUAUGCCUACAUGAAGCAGGAGGGAGUGGAAGUGCGGGUGGCCCGCAUAUUCAACACCUUCGGGCCCCGCAUGCACAUGAACGAUGGCCGGGUGGUCAGCAACUUCAUCCUGCAGGCGCUGCAGGGGGAGCCGCUCACGGUGUACGGAUCCGGGUCGCAGACGCGGGCGUUCCAGUACGUCAGCGACCUGGUGAACGGACUCGUGGCUCUGAUGAACAGUAACGUCAGCAGCCCCGUCAACCUGGGGAACCCAGAAGAACACACAAUUCUAGAAUUUGCUCAGUUAAUUAAAAACCUUGUUGGCAGUGGAAGUGAAAUUCAGUUUCUCUCCGAAGCCCAGGACGACCCACAGAAAAGAAAACCAGAUAUCAAAAAAGCAAAGCUGAUGCUGGGGUGGGAGCCUGUGGUCCCACUGGAGGAAGGUUUAAAUAAAGCAAUCCACUACUUCCGCAAAGAACUUGAGUACCAGGCAAAUAAUCAGUACAUCCCCAAACCCAAACCUGCAAGAAUAAAAAAAGGACGAACACGCCAUAACUGAAAACCUCACUUUCUGGGACAGGAGGCUCCCUGUUUUACACUUGAUGGGAUGUAUUUUGGGUUUAUUUGUGUUUUUUUUUCUUUUUAUUUUUUUAAAGAGAGACUUAUAAACUGGUGUCAUGAAGAACAAACUGGAAUUUCCUUCUGAAGCUUGCUUUAAAGAAAUGGAUGUGCCUAAAAACUCCCUUCAACAAACUGCAGAUUUUGCCUUGCACUUUUUAAAUCUGUCUUUUUAUGUAAAAUAUGGUAGAUGCAUCUUUGCGUAUUUUCAGGUUUUUUAUCUUGCUGUGAGAGCAUAUGUUGUGACUGUCAUUGACAGUUUUAUUUACUGGUUUCUUUGUGAAGCUGAAAAAGAACAUUAAAUGGGAUGAAAAAUGCCAAUUUUAUUUAUAGAAGUGGGUACUUACAAAUGAGACGUUAUACUAUGCAUAAAAGAAAAAAAAAAAAACUAGCAGUAUUGUCAGCUGGGUGGCAAUACCGGCAUUUAUUCUUCAGGUGGAUAAAAGAAUGCUGUUUGCAAGCUUCAUGUUUCCUUUUAACUCAGAAGUUUUCCAAGGUCUAGGUUUUAGUUCCACACUUGACUUUGAAAUAUUUCUGUUGGUUAUCAUGAUUGAGGAUAUUUGAACUCACUACUUCAUUGCACUUCAUAUUCUGGUGGAAACAAAAACAAAACAAAGUUAAAGUAUUCUUGGUUAACAGUGGUUGAAUAUGCUAUUUUAAUAAAAUAUUGAACCUUA